GUAUGGGAAGCAAUUGUGCAACCUGUUAAAACUGUUAAAAGAAGGAAGAGAUACUAAUUAGUGAGGUACAACAAUAAUCUAAUCCAUAAAUGAACUAAUACUCAUAAUAACCAAAUGAGGAAGAAGAGGAGGAUCGUAAAUUGAUUUAACAAUAUUUUUAGAUCUGGAAGAGAAGAACCAUGAAGGUUCUAGUUAGGUAGUGUAGCAAUAUUUGAAUUUGGAUGAACCUUAGAAAAAUGAUGCUGUAGUAUGUAUAGAAGCAACUAGAGUUUAACAAGUGGAAACUCCAUAAGUUCAAGUGAUAAUGACUAAUGGUAUUUAUGAAAAAGAUUGUAAAAUAAGAGUCAAAUUGUGAUAGUAAGAAGAGAAAGAAUGAACUGAUGUUGAGAAAUCAGGAAGAUUUAAAAGAAACUUAGAUUCAUAAGAGUGAGAAUACAGUUAGAGAAAAGAGACCUCGACAUUAAUUUAAAGUAGAAAAGUUUUAAAAAUAUUAACUUAAUAGAGUGGAGCAUAUUAUGAAGGUGAAUGGGUUGGUUAGAAUAGAGAUGGAUAUGGAGUUUAAAUUUGGAGUGAUGGAGCAAAAUAUGAAGGAGAGUGGAAAAAUAAUAGAGCAAAUGGAAGAGGAAAAUUUUGGCAUAUAGAUGGAGAUUAUUUUGAAGGAGAUUGGAAGGAUGAUAAAGCAUGUGGAAAAGGUGUUUAUAUUCAUACAAAUGGAGCAAAAUAUGAAGGAGAUUGGUUAGAUGAUUUAUAACAUGGAUUUGGAGUAGAGAGUUGGAUUGAUAAAGCAAGAUUUGAAGGAUUAUAUUAACAUGGUAAGAAAGAGGGAUUUGGUAAAUAUUAUUGGAGUGAUGGAUCAAUAUAUACUGGAAAUUGGAGUGAAAAUAAAUUAUGUGGUUACGGUAUAUAUACUUGGCCUGAUGGAAGGGUAAUAAGAAUAAAUUAAUAUAGAGAUAUGAAGGAGAAUGGGUUAAUAAUUAGAUGAAUGGAAGAGGGAUCUAUUAUUGGAAGGAUGGAAGAAAAUAUGAAGGAUAAUAUGUUAAUGAUAAGAAACAUGGAUAUGGUGUAUAUACAUGGCCAGAUGGAAGAGUAUUCUUCUCUAUAUUUAUUUUAGAAAUAUGAAGGAUAUUGGUCUAAUGGAAAAUAGUAAGGUAAAGGUAGAUAUAUACUACCUAAUGGAAAGAGUCAAUUAGGAAUGUGGGACAAUGGUAAAAGAAUCAAAUGGUUGGAUUAAGUAGAAUAAAAUAUUGAUCUAAAACCUAAAGAUUGGAAUUCUUAUGUUUAACCAUCUUUAGGAGAAACAUAAUUAUGAUUAUUUUACUAAUUAAGUAACUUAGC